AUGGGCCAGCAGGAGGCAUCCCCAGGGCAGAAGCUGGGGAAUCGCUGCCCCAGCAGCUCAACUGGUGCCGGAGGGGAGAGCAGCCGCUCCCUGGAGGCUCCCUGCAACACGGAGGCCGAGUGCUCCUCCACUGCAGGUGAGGAGACCCCCUGGAGACCCCCCACGGACCAGUCAGAGAAGAAGGACCUUGCCCCUGAGGAAAAGGCAGAGGAGGAUGAAGAUCCGGCCACAGAAGGAGAGGAAGAGGAGGAAGACCUAGAGACAGAGGAGGAGGAGAAGCAGGAAGAGGAAGUCCUGACCACAGAAAAAGAGGAGGAGGUGGAGGACCUAGCCAUAAAAGAGGAGGAAGACCUGGACACAGUGGAGAAGGAGGAGGAGGAGAACCUGUCUGGAGAAGAGGAAGAAGAAGAGGAGGAGGAGGAGAAUAGAAGGAGGAGGAAGAAGAAGGUAAAGGAAGAGGAAGAGAAGGACGUGGCCCUGGUGGAGGAACACUUGAUCAUGGAGCAAAAGGAAGAAGAGAAGGACCUGGCCAUGGAGCAGGAAGAGGAGGAAGAGGAGCACCUGCCUAUGGAGGAAGAGGAGGAGGACCUGGCCAUGGGAGUGGAGCACUUGGCCAUGGAGCAGGUGGAAGAGGAGGAGGACCUGGCUACAGAGGAGGAAGAGGAGGACCUGGCCAUGGAGAAGGCCCAGGCCACAGAGGAGGACAAGGAGGACCUGGACCAGGAGGAGGAGAAGGAAGAGGACCCGCUAAUGGAAGAGGAUGAGGAUGUGGCCAUGCAGGAGAAGGAAGAGGAGGUACUGGCUACGGAGGAAAAAGAAGUGGAAGAGGAUUAG